AUGGGACAUCGCCCCGGAAGAAGCUCGGGUGAGCUCGAGAUCGUCAAUCAGCCGUUGAUCGACGCACGGGAUGCGGUCCUUGAGGAGAAGGCCAAGGCGGUCCCGGUCGGGAAGAAGGUGGACGACCUCAUCUACCCUCUGAGCGAGAUCAGAAGACGAGACAGGGGCGAGGGGUCCGAGACCACCAACCGGAUCGACCAAAGAGCGGUCGGGUUGAAGAAGGAGGCUGCCGAGAGCGAGGCGAUCGGAUCUCGGAGGACGAUUGCCAGGCUCAAGGCAGAUGUCACCGCCGCAGAGGAAUCCACCUGGGCAUCUUCCUUUCCUUCUGCCUCCUGA